AUGUCUUUCUCUAAGAUCCAAGCCGCCGCUCUCGUCGGAGCUUUGGCUUCCUCUGUCUCCGCUCACGGCCAUUUGAACGCCAUCUCGGUUGACGGCACCGCAUACACCGCUUACGACCCCAGCUUCCAGUACCAGAGCCCUGCUCCGGAGGUCAUCGAAUGGUCUUGCCCUGAGUGCUUGGACAACGGCUACGUCGAGCCGUCCAUGUACGGCGAUGCCACCAAGAUUGCUUGCCACAAGGACGCCACUGCAGGUGCAAAGGUCGCCUCCGUCAAGGCCGGUGGCAAAAUCGAAAUACAGUGGACAACAUGGCCUGACAGCCACAAGGGACCCGUCCUCGACUACCUUGCCAAGGUCGACGACGCGACCUCCGCUAAGUCCUCUGACUUGCAAUUUUUCAAGAUUGACGAAGCCGGUUAUGAAAGCGACCAGUGGGCCACUGACAAGCUCAUUGCCAACAACCAGACCUGGUCCGUCACCAUACCGGCUGACAUCGCUGAUGGCCAGUACGUGCUCCGCCACGAGAUUAUUGCCUUGCACUCUGCACAACAGGAGAAUGGCGCGCAGAACUACCCCAAGUGCAUCAACAUCGAGGUCACUGGUGGAGGCUCGUCCGCUAGCCCCACUGCCACAGCUGCCGACAAGCUGUACACCGAAACCGAGGCCGGUAUCAUGGUCAACAUCUACACCGACGCUUCUAGCUACGAGAUCCCGGGCCCGGCGCUGUACUCUUCCGCGGCUAAGAGAUUCGUUGCCUUCGUCAAGAAGAGCAUCUUCGGUCUUGGCCGUGAGCACCCGCGCGAGUUCUAA